AUGGAGAUUUCCUUGCGAAUGAAUCCGAGGAAUAUUGCAACCCUGCAGGUUCCAAAGCUACUACACAAAACUAUAUCAUGCAGAGCAGCCAAUUAUGAUCAGUUGGCCAUGCAAAAGAAGAACACCAACUUCUACGAAGUUCUUUCUCUUCGUUCUGAGAAUGUUGGGUUUGAUGAGAUAAAGAAGGCCUACAGAAACCUGGCUCUUCAAUGCCACCCAGAUGUCUGUCCCGAUCCCUCUGCAAAAGUGGAGUCCACUAGACGAUUUGUUGAGGUUCGGAAGGCUUACGAGACGCUUUCUGAUCCAAUUUCACGUAAGGUGUAUGAUCAUAAGCUGGGUUUGGUUAAGUCAAUGGGGUCUGAAGCCGAGGGAGCAGCUAUGGAGUCCAGAUUUUCCAAGAAAGUGUGGGAAAACCAGCUGUAUGGACUGAAGAAAAGGUCUCAGGUCCGAAUGCAUAGGAAGAGAUGUGGAUACAUGCAGAAACAGUGA